AUGAGUGAUGCUAAGGAUCACCCUAAGCAUGACACACACAAGGAGGUUUCCGAGGAGAUCAAAGCCAUUGACUUUGAAUGGACUCCUGAACUUGUGAAGCUUGGAACCUCUCGCGGCUCGAUACAUCCCUCGAUUGGUCCUAUCAAACAAAGCGACGGAUUUCUGAACUACAUCUACCGGCCUGGUAUGGCCCUGCCAGACCCUGCUGAUACGCGGGAGUGUCUGAAGGCUAGAUACUACACAGAUGACUUUGAAUAUACUCGUGAAGGUUAUAUUAAGAAGGGCAGAGAGCAAGGACUCCGGUCGGAAUUUGCCAUAUUCAGUGGACUGCAUAAGGACGAUCCCCGAGCUAUCAAUGACCCUUUUCUAUUCAAGGAAGACUGGUUCAGCAAGGGCCCAGAGGGCAUCAUUGUUAAGGGCUAA